AUGCCAUCCGCGAUGAGCGACGCUAACGGCACCAUCACGAGCCGCGAGGUCAAGGCCGAGGGCUACGACACCGACGAUGCCAGGACGGUAGAGGGCAAGGCGACUUACAAGUCAUGGAAGAAGAAGUACCGCAAGAUGCGCAUCACGUUCGACCGGAAGAUGCACGACUGCGAGAACUUGCAUCGUCAAGAGUCCCAUGCUCUCGCAACGGCCAAGCGCAUCGCCAUCGAGAACGAUCGCAUUCUUGAUUUGCUGCUGGAUAUGAAUUCCUCAGCUCAGAUCCCCCACGACAAACGAUUUCACCUCGCCCAGGACACCCCUGAAGAGUCCGCGUUCCCCCCUCUUGACGCCGACGUAGAACCGAAUCCCGAUGAACCAACAAAGUCGUUGAAGACUCUCGUUAACGAGGUUCCGCACUACACCUACUCCCAAGCAAAGGAGCAAUACCCUACUGUUGUGGCCGACAUGGAGCCGUUCUCUGGCGAGCCUGAUCCGCCGUCCUUCUUGACGCCUGACGACAUCGAUGACUACAUCCACGAUGUCGAUAGACGCAUCGACCCUGAUAAUCUCCUCCCGACGCUGGCUCCCGCCGCUCGCACGAACGCUCCCCUUCCGGAGACCAACCCCCAUGCUCUAUCUCAGAGCAUCGCCAUGAAAAACCCCACGAGCGUGUACAACUGGCUGCGCAAGCAUGCACCUAAGACGUUCCUGCAGGAUGCCGAGAAUGCCGCUCCUGCUGACGACGAGGCCGUCGAGACACCCCAGACCGAUGGCCGCAAGCGACGUGGCGGCGCGCACAGGGGCGAAUCAACCCGCGGUGGUCGAUCCCGAGGCGGAAAGCGCGCCUCUCUCGCAGCUGUGCGGGCCGAGAAAGCCGCGCAGCGAGCGGCGGAAAAGGCCGCCGCCGCCGCCGAACGGGCUGCCGCUUUGCGUCGGGAUGCCGACAGCUACGAUCACAGCAUGGAGGACGAGGACUCGGACGGUCUCAGCUUCGCGACGCCGGCCACCGGACGUGGCAAGAGAAAGCGGGCUGGCAGGGAUGAGGACGAGGGAUACCGACCCAGGGGCUCGAGCAGCCGACCGACCAAGAAGAAGCGUAAGAGCGAGGGCGCCGACUUCGGAACUCCUACGGUCACCAAGAGGGGCCGUAAGAGCGAGGCUACGCGCGAUAGAGACGACUAA